AUGGGAAAAGGUCAACAGGCUAUACAUGAACAUAUGGAACAAGCACCACUCAUUCUUGACAUGGAAACUAUUAGUAUUCUGAUAAACAAUUUAAUUAAUCAAGAUCAACAUCAAUUACGACUUGAACUUGAGCGACGUAAAACAAUGCUACGACUAAAUGUUGAAGAACAUCGACUUGUUGAAAAGUUUUACGAACUAAAGCAAAGACAAACGGAGAUAAAUUCAGCAAAAAUUAUAUGGAAAGCUAUCAAUGAACAACAAAAUAUAAUACAUGAAAUUGCUAUAUUUAAGAAAUGGCUUGAAGUUCAUGCACAGGAAUCAUCAUACACUCUUAAUGGCAUACAAUUACCGAAUAUCUAUCAUAUAUUUAUAACAUUAAGCUUUGAAGGACAAACAUCAUCAGUCAAACAUAUUACUGAACAGACAAUUGCUAAAGCUGAAGAAAUCGUAGAACACUACAGCAAAAUAGCAAAGUCUGAACAAAAUAAACUACAAUCAACUAAAUCUCAUCAUAAAAAUCCUGAUUUACUCGAGCAAAUCAUCCAUACCAUACUUCAACGUGAAAAUAAUUUGGAACAACGUCGAGCAUAUGAAUUACAAGGAAAAAUUACCAAUAUAUUCAACUAUAAACGAAAUACACAGAUGGACAGCUGA